GAAGCAAAUGGCCGGGUUCAGUACGUUUACUUUGUAACUGUUGAAAGUUUCCUGAAUUGAAAUUGGAUUAUUCUUUUAGAUCUACAGGAAUAAUCCAAUGUCAGCACAGUUACACUGCUGAACUAAAAAGAACGGACCACUUGACUCGGGUCGGAAUUCGCUGAAAUCUCCAUUUAUCUCCAGUCGGUCCUUAACCUUCGACUCGUUAAUAGGUCGUAAACGUUGGAGGGAAGCUCGUAAACAAUGGGAAAACACGAAGUGGGCACGCCGAAGUACAUCGCUAAUAAGAUCAAAGCGAAAGGACUGCAGAAAUUGAGGUGGUAUUGCCAAAUGUGUCAGAAGCAGUGCAGGGAUGAAAAUGGAUUCAAGUGUCACACGAUGUCGGAGUCACAUCAUCGUCAGUUGUUGCUCUUCGCCGAGAACGCACACCGAUACAUGGAUCAAUUUUCGAAGGAUUUUUCGAACGGCUACUUGAACUUACUGAAGAGACAAUUUGGCACCAGACGAGUACCGGCGAAUCGUGUUUAUCAGGAAUAUAUCUCUGAUCGGGGCCACAUACACAUGAAUGCGACGCAGUGGCUCACAUUAACAGCAUUUGUGAAGUGGUUAGGACGUACCGGACAAUGCGUUGUUGACGAAACUGAGAAAGGCUGGUAUGUAACAUACAUUGACAGGGACCCUGAAACACUUGCUGCACAAGAAAGGAAAGCCAAGAAGGAGAAAAUGGAUAAGGAUGACGAGGAGCGACUGAUGGAUUUCAUCGAGAAACAAGUGGAGAGAGCCAAGCAGGACCCGAAGGAAGGAGAGAGCGAGGCAUCCAAGACGCCGCUGAUGCGUCCCGAGAAUGACACACCUUUAGUUCUUGACAUAAAACUCAAGCCGAAACCAAAAUUACUCCCUGUAUUCAACAAAGUGAAGCAGGAAAAGGUGAAAGGUGAAAAUAUCAGCAAGGACCAAUCUAUCCUGAGUAAAUCAACCGAUGAGAAAGACAAGAAACGAAAGGUACAUAGCGACAACAACGACAAAGAAAUCAAGUCUAAGAAAAAGUUCAAAUGCAACAACGAUUCAUCCGCGACUGAAGGCUGGCUCAAAGAAGGUUUAAUGGUUAAAGUAACCACGAAGAGUCUGGGUGAGAAGUAUUACAAAGCUAAAGGUGUAGUUCAAACGAUCUGCAAGGAAGGUUUUGUCGGUAAGAUCAAGCUGAAGACUCCGGAAGAAGUUAACGGACACGUCAUACGACUGGAUCAGGAAUACUUGGAAACGGUAAUUCCUGCGAUAGGCAAAGAGAUCCUGAUUCUUUGGGGGAAGCACAGAGGCAGGAAAGCGACAGUGAGAAAAUUGCACAUAGAGCGUUACAGUAUAGACGUCGAGUUUGAGCCGGAGAGGACAAUUGUGGAAAUGCUCCCGUAUGAACAAGUAUGCAAGUAUAUAAGUGUGUAGAUUUAUUAGUCGCGUGGAGGAGUCAUUAGGAAAAAGAGAUGAUGUAUUUUCAUAUUACUCCGUAAUAUCCUUAAUAUACUUAUUACGUUACUCUUUCCAACGAGCACCUGUGUACAAAUUUAACAAUAUGAUCUUAAAUAUUAAUACUUUGUGUAUAAGUGCUUUGCAGACAAUUUGGAGAACGAUUUUCUACAAAAUGUCCAUUAAAGUCAAAUUUUCUUAUUAAAUAUGAGACAAGUUGAGCUAUUUGGAUUUUUUACUAAAUAUAUGUCAUUUUAUGCAUAUACAUGCGCUAUAUGUUAUGUAAGUAUAUAUAUAUUAUAUCUAAGGUUGAAGUAGUAAAAAUAAAUAUCACACAUCUGUCCAAUGUAAAUGUUCACUGUCCAUGUAAAUGAAAUACUGUAAUUUACUAACUAUCGUUAAAAUUCUAACGAUUGUUGGUGAAAUCAGACUAUUAAGAAAUAAGAAAUGUAAAAUAAAACAUAAUUGUCAAGAAAUAA